AUGACUCUAUCGACAAUAUCAAAUAAUGAUGAUCUUCCAUCUGAAAUUCCUCCUAAAAGAUUCAAAAAUACAGAAACUGAAGAGGUUGAUCUUGAUUCUUUAGAGCGUGAUCCAGGAUUGCAUCGACAAAUUUGGGAAUAUCAUCCUAAUCAACGAGACGAGAUUCGUCGAGUUUAUUUGAAUCUGAAAGCAUAUCAACCUAUUCUUCAAGAAUAUCCAUUAAAUAAAAUUAUUAAGCACCCUCGAAGAUUUCAGUCAACUUGGUAUGAACAAUUUCCUUGGUUGGAGUAUUCACCCACUAAAGAUAAAGCAUAUUGCUUUCCAUGUUUUAUCUUCAACAAGCCUUCAGGAUGCUUAAAUCAAACUACAUUUACUGUUGAUGGAUUUGAUAAGUGGAAGAAAGUUCGAAAUGGAAAAGCUUGUGCUUUCCUAGGCCAUAUGGGAAAGGAUAAUGUAUCUUCACCCCAUCGUAAUGCUGAAAAGGCAUGUGAGGAUUUGAUGAACCAAACACAACAUAUAUCAAGGAGAUUUGAUAAUUUUAAUGAUGAACAAGUUGCAACUAAUCGUCUUCGAUUGAAGGCUCACAUACACGUGGUGUUAUUACUUGCACUUCAAGGAAUUCCGUUUAGAGGUCAUGAUGAGAAAUCUAGUUCAUCUAAUCGUGGCAAUUUUCUUGAAUUUUUGGAUGUGCUGACCAUGUACAAUGAUGAACUUUCAAAGGCAAUUGCGAAAGCUCCAAAAAAUGCCAAAUAUACAAGUCACGAUAUUCAGAAACAAAUACUUCAUGUGUUUUCGGUGAGAGUGAAAAAUACAAUUCGUGAAGAAAUUGGAGUUGCCAAGUAUUGCAUAAUUGUUGAUGAAGCCCGAGAUGAGUCAAAAAGAGAGCAAAUGUCUAUAGAUGCUAUAUAUUCUGCUUUGGCUCACUACAAUUUGGAUGUUCAAAAUAUUAGAGGUCAAGGGUAUGAUGGUGCUAGUAAUAUGAGGGGCGAGUUUAAUGGAUUGCAAGCUUUGAUUAUAAAAGAUUGUAAAAGUGCUUAUUAUGUUCAUUGCUUUGCUCAUCGGUUACAAUUGGCUUUGGUUGCAGCAGCAAAAAAUGUGACACCUAUUCAUCAAUUUUUUGAUAGAUUAACUUUUAUAGUUAAUAUUGUUGGUUCUUCAUGUAAGCGUAAUGAUGAAUUGAAGAAUGCUCAUGCAGAUGACAUUGCAUAUUUGAUUGCUAUUAAUGAACUCGAGACAGGGCGUGGACUUAAUCAUAUAGGUACUUUACAACGAGCUGUUGAUACACGCUGGAGUUCUCAUUUGAGAUCAUUGAAAGGCCUAAUUAAGAUGUUUAGUGCAUCGUGUACGGUAUUGCUCAAGAUUAUGGAUGAUGGGCUUCCUUCUCAACGAGCAGAUGCAACAACUGUUUAUGAUGAAAUGACUUCCUUUGAUUUUGUAUUCAUCUUGCAUCUUAUGAAAGAGAUUAUGGGGAUCACAGAUAUUCUUUGUCAGACUUUACAAAGUAAGUCUCAGGAUAUUAUAAAUGCAAUGGAGCUUGUAUUAUCUACUAAGAAUUUACUUCAACAGAUGAGGGAUAACAAGUGGGAUGAUUUGCUUGUAAAAGUGAAAUCCUUUUGUGAACUUCGAAAUAUUGACAUUCCUGAUUUCAAUGCUCCAUAUAUUAAUAAACGAGGUCGAGGACGUGCUCAUCAAGACAAUUUCACCAUUGAGCAUCAUUAUCGAAUAGACCUCUUUUAUGCUUCGAUAGAUUCACAGUUGCAAGAAAUUAAUGGUCGCUUUAGUGAUGAUGCUAUGGAAUUGCUCACUCUUAGUAAUGCCCUAAAUCCUCAAAAUGCAGCGGAGUCUUUCAGAGUUGUGGAUAUAUGUAAAUUAGUUGAAAAGUUUUAUGCUCAGGAUUUUACCAGAGAUGAAAAAGAAUAA